GUCGAAGUCCGGAUAGAGGAAGCGUGCACGCGCGUGCCGCCGCUGCAGCAGCUCUCCCUCGAUUCCGCCAGGGGGCGGGGUGGACGAGGCGGUCCCGCGGCGGCGCUGGGCCUCGGCUGAGGGGCGGCAUGGGGCUGUGAGCUCAGGCCCCGCGCUCGCCAUGCCAGGGAAAGCCCAGCACUUCCAGGGUCCUCAGGUCAGCUGCUGCGCCAAAUACCUGCUCUUCGCCUCCAAUGUGCUCUUCUGGUUGCUGGGGGCAGCUUUCCUAGCCAUUGGUUUGUGGGCUUGGGCAGAAAAGGGCGUACUUUCCAAUCUCUCAUCCAUCACAGACCUCGGUGGCUUUGAUCCAGUCUGGCUUUUCCUCGUGGUUGGAGGGGUGAUGUUCGUGCUGGGUUUUGCUGGCUGUAUUGGGGCACUGAGGGAGAAUACAUUGCUCCUCAAAUUCUUCUCUGUGUUCCUGGGGCUCAUCUUUUUCCUGGAGCUGACAGCUGGUGUCCUGGCCUUCAUUUUCAAGGACUGGAUCAAGGAUCAGCUCAACUUCUUUAUUAACAAUAAUGUCAAAGCAUAUCGUGAUGACAUAGACCUCCAGAACCUCAUAGACUUUGCUCAGGAAUAUUGGUCGUGCUGUGGGGCUCAUGGACCUAAUGACUGGAAUCUCAACAUUUAUUUCAACUGCACUGACUCCAACCCCAGCAGAGAGCGCUGUGGCGUACCCUUUUCCUGUUGUGUCAAGGAUCCUGCGGAGGACGUUCUCAAUACACAGUGUGGCUAUGAUGUCCGCCUUAAACUGGAAUUGGAGCAGCAGAGCUUCAUUCAUACUAAAGGGUGUGCUGGUCAAUUUGAGAAGUGGCUCCAGGACAAUCUCAUUAUAGUGGCAGGGACCUUUGUAGGUGUGGCACUUCUACAGAUAUUUGGUAUCUGCCUGGCACAGAACCUAGUGAGUGACAUCAAUGCUGUGAAAGCCAAUUGGUGACACCAGAAGAGAGAUUUUGCUGUCUCCUACAGAUUCCCAGAUCUCUUGAAGGACUGAAGCCAAGUCUUCAAGCUACAACCACUGGGUGCUGCUAAGCCAUCAACAGGCUCCUAUUGGGGGUUGAGGUGGGGUCACCAGUAUUAAUAACUACCUGAUGCCUUUCCAUAGCUUUCUCUUCCUGACUGGGGCACAUAUGUCAUGUAAAUAGUAUUUAUGUCAGGUUUCUGGAGAUUCCUUUGACCCACUGCAAAAACAGAGGAAUUAGAAGCACCUCUUAUGCAUAUAGCCUAGAAGCAGCUCUGGAUUUUGUUGUGUGACCACCGGAGGCCCCUAUUGAUGAGGUAGCAUGGCUCAUGUGGCUUCUACUGAGGAAGCUAGUGGAAACAAUGUCCUAAUCCUGCUGCCUGGAGCAGCUUCACACUUAUACCUGUCCUAGGCCUCUACUUGAAUUCUCUACACUCUACUCACCGUCUACUCUGCUCUCCUGCUUAAACAGGGAGAUUAAGCCUGAGUUCCCUUGUUCAAAUUAGAGUUACAUCUUAUUUUGUGGAUCAUACUGUUGGUUUCUGCUAUUGUCCUAAGAGGUCAGAAACAAGCUAUUGGGAAGAUGCUAUCAUAUCUCGUUGGGGGCAAUAAUCUUCAGCCUUGAUUUUUAAGGCUUAAAUUCUGGCAGAUGUGGAUUCCAGUGGCAGUAAAGCCUAUCAGAACCAAACAAAUCAAUUCAGUCCAGUUCACAAAUAGUAAACCAAUGGUGAACUAAAAUUUUCUCUAUUAGUUUAGAAAUACAUGACACUGUUAACAGAAAUGAAUCUGUUCUGAGCAUUUGAUUGCACCCGUUUGUACAUUACAGAAUCUUACAAGUUACUUGAACUUAGAAGGUAAAUUUGGAUAUGUCUAAUCAGCCCCAUUAUUUGUGUGACAAAUGUGCAGUCUUUUGUAUGCAAUAUCUAUUUCUCUGAAGGGCCCACAAAGAGAAUUCUAGACCUCUUGAACCAAGUUUUGUCCUUGGCUGGAUAUAAUGCAACCUUUUGUUCCAGUAGUUGGCUCAUAGCCUUGCAGAGUACUUGUGUUUCAUGGAAUGGCACAAUAUUGAGAAAGAUUUUGCACUGAUACAUUUCUCUGCACUGCUAUAAUGUAGGUUCCACUACUUCCUUUAUUUUUGGUAGGAGUUUAUCGUCAUCUCCCUGGACUCUGUUGCCGGCAGGAUUGUUCAAGAGUAUGUUGCCCUACUCUUCCUCAUAAAGUACUUGUUAGCACAUGUUUUUCGGGGACCUUUUCUUUACUUUAUUGAGCCUGGCUGACAAUUCUGUUGAAGAGGACCAAUUUGAUUUGGGACCAGUUUGUGUCAUGGAUGUGAAUUAGAUGCAGUGGUAUUCCUUAUGGGGAGGGUGGGGAUUGAUUUGUGAUUGAAUUUUUAAUCUCCCAUUUUGUACUGGAAUUUACAGGCUCAUCUUCACAUGCCCCCAACCACGGCUUUAAGUCUGCCCCAGUAACUGUUUUUAUGUGAUUAAUCCUUGUGAAGUUGUUUCUGCAUAAUCACCAGCACGCAGCUGAAGCAGCUUAAAUUUGUCCUUAGUAUUCCAGUUCUAAAAUAGGGUUUUCCCUAUUUUCCCAAGGCAGUUUUUGCUACAACAGACACUGACUCAGUUCAAAUGUGGUUGCUGAUGUUGUCAAGAAGGAGAUCUGUCCAGCUUCUACUUGCUUCCUUCCUUCCUUAUUGCUAGGAAUUGCCCUCCAUACCAUUUUAGCUGGUGCAGGAGGAACUGGGCAUCUGCAGAGAGCUGUGAAUGCACAAUGCCCAACAGGUCCUUUCUGUGGUGCUGGUCAGGUUUUACCUAGGAUCUUUUGUACCCAAGUCUAGAGCUUUUGAAAGAACUAGGCUUGUGUUUGGAAAAUGGGACUGGUAUCUUCACGAAGAAGUGCUGGAUCUGCAUUGCAUCAAAGUCCAUUUAUACUGGGAAAGAAUGGGAUUCAGCUCUCUGCGCGUGUUACUGUUCAGUAAGCAAAUGAGUGCAUUACAUGCUUUCUGUUGCAUUUGUACAUAAACACUGCUGCUUCCUUCCCACAAACUUAGUAGAGUUUUCUGUACUUGGUGGGUAGGAGACAGUACUGUUGUUUAUAUCGGUUGUACUUUUCUGCCACAGCCAGGGAUUUGCAGAAUGAACUUUAAUGCGGCCCUCUGGCUGUGCUCCAAAACUACUGCAUGUUCUGACUGCAGUGGCAGCUUUUCUCCAUGUGAGGAUGCUCUUGACUAGCAUUCCUCCAAUUUUCAGUUUUACCUGAAAGGAAGACUUUUCCCUAAAUAAUGUAACUUCUAAAUGUGGAUUUCCUGAGUAUUUGAAACAGAUGACGUCUAAUCUUUUCUGGGAUAUGUUCUAAAAUUCAGGGUCACCUUUUUGUUAGAACAUCCUGUGGGGCUCUGCAUCUGUUUGUGUGUGUGUGGUUUGUUUGGGGUUUUUUUGUGUGCUGAACUGUGGGGAGAUGCACUCUACGCGGAUGGCUGUGACCGCAUGCAUGCGAGGAGGGAGGGUGGUGGAAUGAAAAAGCUUAGCGGAUUCCCACUUGCCCUGGGUCUCCUAUUUCCUGUCGUCUCUGACAGCUGAAACCCGUGGGAUGAUGUACUUCGCAGCAGCAUCCUUUCCCCACCCACAAAAGAAGAGAAAGCCAUUAUGAAGCUGUCAACAUGUAUGAAAAUGAAGCCCACUGCAUAUGCAAAAGUUAUAACCUAUCUACGAUAUGUUAAUCAGAGACCAAAGGAUAACUUGCUAAGCAGAUUUACUUUCACAUCUUCCACACUUGACUGUUGUAAACGUUCUUGGGCUUAGUAAUAAGAUGCACAUGCAAUGAAAGUACAGGCUGCCUUGGCAGCUAACGUCUGCUGCUGCUGCUUUUUUCUUUUUUUAUUAUUCUGUUCAUUUGCAUCUUGCUAGUUUUCUUGCCGGUCUUUCUUCCUAUGUUUGACUUGAUAGUCUUUUUUUUCACCUUAACUCUCUCACUUCCUUCGCAUCCUCUUGCUGCUAUGUGUUUUACAAUACAAUACUAAAACUAUUAUCCCAAAAUUGAAAAGAGUUUUUAAAACGUAAAGCCUCUUUAAUUACUGUAAUGCGUGUUUCGAGUUGGGUGAUCAGGCUUCUGCUCUUGAUCACUUUUCAAGACUCAGGUUUGUGUAUCACUGAUCUUACUGCAGCAUCUUUUUUCAGUUUGAAAUGCUGCCAAUCAUACAUUGGUUUGGUUUUAUAUAUUUCCUUGGUAGAAGAAAGUCAGAUUUUUAAUUUAAAAAUGGUGUGUGAUGAUCUCGUGCUCUUUUUCUACUGUCAAAAGCUUUUUUCUUAAAUUUUCUUUUCCAUCUGGGCUGCUAAAUAUUAACAGGUGACAAUUACAAGAUUAUUAGCAAAUUUUUAACUGAUUUUAUGUUAAACCUGUCCAGAUAAUUUAAAAAUAGAGCAAACAGUCCUCUUGAAAUAAAAUAAAUAAGAACAUCUAUAGUAGCCAUUCUGCAGUUAUGACUGCAAGAUGACUUAAUAUGAGGAAAAUUGUAUAAGAACAAGAUAAUUAAUUGCAAAGGGGAAGUGCUUUGGUUACUGUUGGGGCAAAAGAAAGUUGUUUUGUGUCACCAUUUAAAAUCAACAUUUUUAACAGUAUUGGUGUUUAUGGACUGGAAUGUGCUUGAUUGAAUGCAAAAGGUGUUGGCACUGAUGUAUUUCUUUUGGAUGUAGAUUGAAAAAAAAACAAGUCAAAUGCAAAUAAAAUAUAAACAGUCUGGAA